AUGUCCUCCACCAACGUUGAGACGAAUGGUGGUGGUCACGAUCAUAUCCUACGUCCACGACCGCGGAAACCUCAACAUACCCAAGUUUCCGAGCUUGUUAAAGAGCAUAGCAGCGUUUCUACUAAUGGAAAUGGGAAUGGGAAUGGAAAUGGACACCUCGAAGCGCCUGUAGAAGAGACUGGUUCAGGCAUGACAAGUGGCCGUUCGACACCUAUCCCCGAAAAUGCUCCCGCUUCAACAAAAGCUCUGUCUAGUGCACGGAAACAAGUUCGAGCGGAACAGCGACAACGUAUCUUCCCAACCAUCGAAUUCGCCUCACGCGUCUCUCAUUUCGAUCCCGAAUCCGAUUAUCGCGAUUUUCAUGGCUUCUUCAACCUAUUCUGGAUUGGCCUGGCUAUCAUGGGAAUUACCACUAUGUUGCGCAACUAUAAGGAUACUGGAUACCCUUUGCGCGUUCAGAUAUGGACUCUUUUUACCGUCAAGUUGUCCCAUCUAGCCGUCGCCGAUUUCUCUAUGGUUGCUAGUACCGCCGUUAGCUUGCCUCUGCAUAAACUAUUUAGGAGUAGCCAGGGACCAUUAAGGUGGAAUAAGGGUGGAAUGGCCAUUCAAAGCAUAUAUCAGGUUGUUUGGCUUGCAUUUUGGAUCGCUAUACCCUUUAUUCUCAAUUGGACUUGGACUUCCCAAGUAUUUUUCUUGCUACAUACCAUGGUUCUGCUCAUGAAGAUGCAUUCCUAUGCCUUCUAUAAUGGCCAUCUUUCCGAAACGGAAAAGCGAUUGCGCGCUCUCGAUGAGCCUCAUAACGUUUCGAAAGCCCCCGCAUACGUUUACCCUUCGGUUGAUAACCCAAUGGGCGAAUUAGUCCACGAGGAGAUGAAGGUCGAUAGUGAUGAUGAGGACGAGGGUCUAUCGCAAUUGCGCGAGGACUUAGCUCGAGAGUUGACGAGCCCUAUUGGCAACGUGACAUACCCGCGAAACCUAUCGUGGCCGAAUUACGCCGACUACCUUCUCUGUCCGACGCUGUGCUACGAACUCGAGUACCCGCGCAAAGAGUCCAUCAACUGGACAUCACUUAUAGCCAAGAUAGUCGCGACCUUUGGCUGUAUAUUCCUGUUGACCAUUAUCUCGGAAGAGUUCAUCUUGCCUGUGCUGCAAGAAUCCACAAUCCGACUAGAAAAUAGCUCAUCUGUAGCCGAGACGUUGCUCAUUCUCUCAGAGAAUAUCUCGUGGCUUCUGUUCCCCUUUAUGUUGACUUUCUUGCUGGUGUUUCUCGUCAUCUUUGAGUACAUCCUAGGUGCCUUUGCUGAGAUCACCAAGUUCGCGGAUCGUCACUUCUAUAGCGACUGGUGGAACAGCACCGACUGGAUGGAGUUCAGUCGUGAGUGGAACGUGCCGGUGUACUCAUUCCUACGGCGACAUGUAUACGCGACAUCAAAGCCCACCAUCGGCCGUAGCAACGCGACAGUCAUUACGUUCCUAAUCUCAGCCAUCGGUCACGAAAUCGUCAUGGCAUGCAUCACCAAGAAGCUUCGUGGCUAUGGGUUUAUUUGCCAGAUGUUGCAGUUACCGAUUGUCAUACUGCAGCGAACAAAGUGGGUGCGCGCCCACAAGACAGCGAAUAAUGUGCUUUUCUGGUAUAGAUAUGCUCACUCUACGUACUGGUUUGAUUAG